UUCAUUCCACCAAGACAUCCUUUGGGGUUACUUAUUGUGGGAUUCGGGGUGGGGUGCAGAGGAGGACGCUGCAAAGGCACGGACUACAGGGGGCAAUCUGUGAAGUUGCGCCCCAGGGGUGUCCUGUGCCCCUGGACACGCGAAAGGGGACCACUGCAGUUUUACAGUAUAAUUGUGAUUUCCCACCUUUCAAGAAUUUUCCGAAGAAAUACAGCUCCCAGCUAGACUGAGGCCCAAGUACUGCCUUGGUCCAGGAUGGCUAGAGAAUCGAAGGAAAGCGCAGCCUUGGACGCCCGGUCUGCAGAGGACCGGACCGGGAUCCUGACCGUGAAGGUGGAGAAGGAGGAAGCCUCCGCCUUGGCUGCUGAGGCGGGCGCCCCAGGCAGCCCAGCUCCGGGCUCCGAGCACUCCCGCCAGCGCUUCCGAGGCUUCCGCUACCCGGAGGCUGAGGGUCCCCGCGAGGCUCUGAGCCGGCUCCGGGAGUUCUGCCGACUGUGGCUGCGGCCAGAGGUGCACACUAAGGAGCAGAUCCUGGAGCUGCUGGUGCUGGAGCAGUUCCUGACCAUCCUACCGGGGGACCUGCAGAGCUGGGUGCGGAAGCAGCAUCCGGAGAGCGGGGAGGAAGUGGUGGUGCUCUUGGAGUAUUUGGAGAAGCAGUUGGAUGAGCCGAUGCUGCAGGUCCCAGGUGGUGAACAGGGGCAAGAACUGUUCUGUUUCAAGAUGGCAGUGUUGACACCAGCUCAGAGGUCACGAAAUACCCAAUUCCAGCCAAGAAAGCCUCCACUCAAGCAUGAAUCUCUGGGAUCCCACUCCCUACCAGACAGAGUUCUCCAGGUUCCUAGGCUUGCCUCUGGAGGGCGCUGCAGAGAAGAUGAAGUGGUAGCCACCAGGCUUGCCCCAGAGUCCCAGGGGCUGCUGAAAAUGGAAGAUGUGGCCCUGACCCUCACUCCUGGAUGGACACAGCUGGAUUCAUCUCAGGUGAACUUCUACAGAGAUGAAAGGCAGGAGAACUGUGGCAGCCUGAUCUCCUUGGGUGGUGCAGUGCAGACGAAGAUCAGGGACCUGCCUUCAGACGAGGACCAUCCAGGACAAGAGUCUGGUCAGAUACCAUGCCACUUGGGUGAAGCCAUUGGCCAGAUUCCUGCAUGUGCAGAAGCUGGUGAUCAGGAGGGCAUGUUACAAAGAAAGCAGAAAAGUGCUGCAGGGAAUAGGCGGCAUUAUUGUCAUGAAUGUGGAAAGACUUUUGCUCAGAGUUCAGGCCUGACAAAGCACAGGAGAAUCCACACUGGGGAGAAACCCUAUGAAUGUGAGGAGUGUGGCAAGACCUUCAUCGGGAGCUCUGCCCUCGUCAUUCAUCAGAGAGUCCACACUGGGGAGAAACCAUAUGAGUGUGAGGAAUGUGGCAAGGUCUUCAGUCACAGUUCAAACCUUAUCAAACACCAGAGAACUCACACCGGGGAGAAGCCCUACGAGUGUGAUGACUGUGGGAAAACCUUUAGCCAGAGCUGCAGCCUCCUUGAACAUCGCAAGAUCCACACUGGGGAGAAGCCAUACCAGUGCAAUGUGUGCGGCAAAGCCUUUAGGCGCAAUUCACAUCUCCUGAGACAUCAGAGGGUCCACGGCGAUAAAAACGUUCAGAAUCCUGACCGUGGAGAGACCUGGGAGAGUCAGGGGAGGAUGGAAAGCCAGUGGGAAAAUGUUGAGGCUCCCGUGUCUUAUAAAUGUAAUGAGUGUGAGAGAAGUUUCACUAGGAAUAGAAGCCUUAUUGAGCACCAAAAAAUCCACACUGGUGAGAAACCCUAUCAGUGUGAUACAUGUGGAAAAGGCUUCACCCGAACUUCAUACCUUAUUCAACAUCAGAGAAGCCAUGUUGGGAAAAAAAUUCUGUCUCCAUGACCCAUGUCUUACAUGCCAGAGUUGGUGCUCACUCCUCGUUGAACUGAAGCCACCCUGGAGCCCUUGCUGACUAGAAAAUUGUGAGCUGGGCUUUAUUUACUCCCACACAUCAUCAGGUGUUUGUUAGAAAAUAGAGACUGGCUGAGGUGAAUUAUCUUCUACAUCUUAGAAGGUGAUUGAAAAAAAAAAACUUGUUUGAUAAGAGG